GUGUGUAUGUGUGUGUGUGUGUGUGUGUGUUUCUAUUACUUGUGUUGCAGGGACUGAGGGAAGCAUGCUCCAUUCCACUUGCCUGAGCAUCAUAAUACUAUGAUACCAUGUUAUGAGACAAUAAAGCGGCUGCACGAACAGCCAGCAAGCACCAAUACUGCAACAUGAACAUGUUGCAUGUUGCUAGGCGUCGUGGCUGUGGACGGGCAGCAGGUGGUUUUUCUUUCUCUCUCGUGAAGGCUCCUUAACCUCUCCUCCUCCCACGCGGACCUCCCGGGCGCUCCUCUCCGCCGGAGGCUUCACGGACGAGCGCACAAGCCGCUUGAUAGUAAAAACGGGAGAUACAGUAACAGUGAAAGUGAUGAGAGGAUAUUCAGUGUGUGGGCAACAGCAGUUCAUUACCGGCUGCGAGAGAGAGAGACACAGAGAGUAAUCCACACGCCGGUGUGAGGAGCGUCUUGGACAGACAGAGCGUCUUCGGGGAGGACAAACAGCAGAAGACGGACGGGUUUGUCUUCUUAUGAGGGUUUGACACAUCCGAAGGCUGCAAACAGGUUUCCCACGAGACCUGCCUCCUGGACCAGGUGCUGGAGCUGAUUAUGAACGAGAAGCCCCCCAACAGUGCUAGUCUUUUCCUGAACGAGGACGCAGACAAACCCCCACUUCCAGAGAGAGGAGACCUGAGGAGACGCCUACGCAGGACCAUGGAGAAGAGAGCCAGCAGCAUGAGGGAGAGGAUGAGCUCCAUCAGUCGGGACAGCGUCAAAGGUUUCCUCAAGAGGAACCUGUUCGUUCUGUUCACCGUCGCCGCUGUGAUUCUGGGUGUAAUCCUGGGCUUUGCUCUACGUCCCCGCAACCUGUCCCUGAGGGAGAUCAAGUACUUCGCCUUCCCAGGGGAGCUGCUAAUGAGAAUGCUGCAGAUGCUGGUGCUGCCUCUCAUCGUCUCCAGUCUGGUCACAGGUAUUUCCUCCUUGGACAGCAGGGCGUCAGGUAAAAUGGGUGUGCGCGCAGUGGUGUACUACAUGGUGACCACCCUGAUUGCCGUGGCCAUCGGCAUCGUCACUGUGAUGAUCAUCCGGCCAGGGAGGGGCAGCAGGGACAGUCCUGUGGCCAACAGCGGGAACAUUGAGCCAGUUCAGGCUGCUGAUGCUUUCCUGGAUCUCAUCAGGAACAUGUUUCCUCCCAAUCUGGUAGAGGCUUGUUUCAAGCAGUAUAAAACCGUAUACAAGAAGACUGUGCACACAAGGAACGUGACAGUGACCCUGAAUCUCACUGACUCGCUCAACGUGACCGACUCUAACCUGAGCGUGAACCUCAGCAGGGUUCUGCACACCAUACAGGAGACAGUGGAGGAGACUGUGCCUGUGUCCGGCUCCUCUAACGGUGUGAACGCUCUGGGUCUGGUGGUUUUCUCCAUGUGCUUCGGUCUGGUCAUCGGCAACAUGAAGCAGCAGGGCCAGGCCCUCAGGGACUUCUUUGACUGCCUGAAUGAAGCCAUCAUGAGGCUCGUGUCUAUCAUCAUCUGGUAUGCUCCAGUCGGCAUCCUGUUCCUCAUAGCAGGGAAGAUCGUGGAGAUGAAGAAUCUUGCAGAGGUGGGCGGCCAGCUGGGGAUGUACACCGUGACGGUUAUUGUGGGUCUCCUCAUCCACGGCCUCUUUAUUCUGCCACUACUAUACUUCUUGGUGACCAGGAGGAAUCCCUUCACCUUCAUCGGUGGACUGCUGCAGGCGCUCAUCACUGCUUUGGGAACCUCAUCUAGCUCUGCCACCCUGCCCAUCACUUUCCGCUGUCUGGAGGAGAACAACCGUGUGGAUAAACGGGUGACUCGUUUUGUCCUCCCAGUGGGUGCCACCAUCAACAUGGAUGGCACUGCCCUCUAUGAGGCUGUGGCAGCCAUCUUUAUUGCCCAAGUCAAUGACAUGGACCUGAACUUUGGUCAGAUUCUCACCAUCAGUAUCACAGCAACUGCUGCCAGCAUCGGAGCAGCAGGCAUCCCUCAGGCUGGCCUGGUUACCAUGGUGAUCGUAUUGACAUCGGUGGGACUGCCCACAGAGGACAUUACACUGAUCAUCGCUGUGGAUUGGUUCUUGGACCGCUUGCGUACCACCACCAACGUGCUAGGUGACUCGCUUGGGGCUGGCAUCGUGGAGCACCUUUCCCGUGGAGAGCUGCAGAGUCAGGAUGCUGAGGUGUGCAACUCUGUAAUUGAGGAGAACGAGAAGCCCUACCAGCUUAUCUGUCAGGAAAACGACUCACACAACCAUCGCAACAGCGAGACCACAAUGUGAAGUCACCCUUAAGGGCUUCAUGUACCUAAAGCAUAUUAGCUAGAAAGUUGGCUUGCAAUGGUGCAGGGACAGUCUUAGAAACCAGUAGCUCAUGGUCUACUCAGCCAGUGCUUGCGGUUUGAAGAUCAUUUCUUACAGUUACUCAAAAUUGCAUUUUUCUUUCAAUACAAAAAAUUCUCUGGGAAACAAGGAGCCCGGCCCAGUGGCUGCUUCAUGACAAAAAUAAGUACACAUGCUGUUAAGAAACAGAUACACAUCCGAUACCUACAGUCGGGUUUUUUUUGCGUACGGUGCCAGUUAUUUGGGGGCAUUUUGCUGCUGAAGCUCAAUAUGUCGAAGACAUUUUAACAUCACUUUUAAAAAGUUUUCAGCUUCAUCAUGUUUUCAAAUAUUUGUAUCAUUUAUGAUCCAUACAAUCAGAGCAGCAUUAACUCCUUACCAGCAUCAGUGUUAGAAUACAAAGUAUUAUUUAAGAGAAACAUCACUAUUCAUGAAUAAUAAGCAAACCAGUUGAUUUUCCACUCAUGUGAAUAUGUAAAUCUGCAUAAGUUGGCUAUUGCUGUUGCAUGACAUAACACUUAAUACACAUUAUUUCUUUUGGAAAAACGUAUUUUUUUGUCCUUCUUAUUACAACUACCUCUAAUAGGACUUAGAUACGGGGCUACUACAGUGCUACACACAAAAAUAAUCAAUGGAGCAUAUCAGCAAGAUGUAAAUACACCAGUCUUAAAAUUGUUUUGAAUAUUUUUUACGUUAUUUAAGUUUGCUUGCACAGUUUGACUGUGCAGUUUUAAAUGUACUUGACUGUUGAACACUGGAGGAUGACGUGAGGGAGAAUUUUUGCUACUGAUUAUUCUGAAGUGGAUAUAUUUUAAGUGACUUGGUAGAAUGUUUUUCACUCAGUGCUUUCUUAACAUAUAAUAAUAUUAUAUUUGUUUGUAUUUCCUAUAUUUUGUGGUGCUAUUGCUUUUUAAAUUAUGGGUAAAGGACUGUACUACUCACAGGAAUACCUGCAGUUAUACUGUUUCUUUUUUUUUACUGCAAAAAAUAAUUAAGUUUUCCUAGUAGAAGGAAAUAUUAAACAGGAAAAUGAUCAAUUUUUUAUCUUUAAUUUGUUCUUUUUGAGAUUACUUAUUCAUAAAGUAUAAACAACUAUUGUUUAAAGUUUAAAGACUUUUUGCUGUUGGUUUUAAUAAUAUGCUUAUUAGACCUGCCUGUCUGUGUUUUCUGCUUUAUGAGUCACACUAUCAACAUUCAAUUUACCUACUGGCCUAUUUUGACUGGAAUAACAUACUGCAAGUUCAUGAUUGAUUUAUUUUUAUUGUUUUGUGAAAAGGUGCUGUGAAGAAAGUUAGUAAAUGCCUUGAGGAAUUGAAUGUACAGUAGCUUUAUGCUUUUUGGUGUUGAUAGUUUUAGAGGAAAGUGUUGUGUAUAAUUAUGGAAGUUUGAAGUUAUGUACCAUUUAUAGUUCCUCUGACUUUGUGUCACUUUUAUGCUAUGAGUUUAGUUUUGAGGCUUGAUGUUAUUUCAGUAAAAAGCUAGACAUUGUUGAUGGACAGAUUAUGGAAAAAAUGUGACAAAUAAAUGGCUCAGGAAUUGAA